GCUUUAUUCUUUUUUGGGAAUAAAUCGGGGACUGCAAAGUUCGCGUCUUCUCGAGAAAGAAAACAAGCCACUGACGAGAGUAGGAAACAUGGCAAUGAGGAUGGUUUUGAUGGUCAUUGGCCUUGCUUGCUUCAUUUCUGGGGUUAUCUCCCGUGGAUCUGAAAUACAUUCUGCGUUUUCUUACUUGGAGAAUGAUUUCGUCGCAGCAAAAGCUUCUUCCUCGCCCCAGCCUCUCAUGGUCGCCCUCACUCUCAUUCAAGGAGCUGCUUCCAAGGGAGCCGUGUUUGGAUGGAACACUGCCUGGUUACCACUUGCAUCGUGGAUUCGGAUCUGGGGCUAAUAGCUGGCUCAUUCAACUUGAGGGUGGAGGCUGGUGCAAUACCCUUAGGAGUUGUGUUUUCAGAAAAACUACUCGUCGUGGUUCCUCAAACCACAUGGAAAAGCAAAUACCAUUCACGGGAAUUUUGAGCCAUAAAGCUGAAGAAAACCCUGAUUUCUUCAACUGGAACAGAGUCAAAUUACGGUACUGUGAUGGAGCAUCAUUCAGUGGGGACAGUGAGGACAAGAGUGCACAACUUCAAUUCAGAGGACAAAAAAUAUGGCUGGCUGCUAUGGAGGAGUUAAUGUCUAAGGGAAUGCACAAUGCUGACCAGGCCCUUCUCUCUGGAUGCUCUGCGGGUGGCCUGGCAUCCAUUAUACAUUGUGAUGAAUUCCGGAGCUUGUUUCCUAAAUCAGCCAAAGUGAAAUGUUUGAGUGAUGCAGGGUUUUUUCUUGAUGCAAUUGAUGUUUCUGGGGGACGCACAAUGAGGAAUCUAUAUGGAGGUGUUGUUAAAUUACAGGAAGUGCAAAAGAAUCUGCCAGAAAGUUGUCUCAACAAACUGGACCCAACUUCGUGCUUCUUUCCUCAGAAUUUGAUCAACCAUGUUACGACUCCUUUGUUUAUACUCAAUGCAGCCUAUGAUGCAUGGCAGCUCCAAGCCAGUUUAGCACCGCCUUCAGCUGACCCCCGUGGCUCUUGGAAUAACUGCAAAUCAAACCACGCAAAUUGUAAUUCAUCUCAAAUUCAGUUCCUCCAAGACUUCAGAAAUCAAAUGCUUAAUGCUUUGAAGGGUUUCUCACUUCCAUCUCAAACUGGACUAUACAUAAAUUCUUGUUUUGCUCAUUGCCAAUCUGAGAGACAGGAUACUUGGUUUGCUGAUGACUCCCCCUUGAUUAAGAACAAGCCAAUUGCAAUAGCUGUUGGAGACUGGUAUUUUGAUCGGCAAGUUGUCAAGGCUAUUGACUGUGCAUACCCCUGUGACAAGACCUGCCAUAAUCUGGUCUCCAAUGACGAUGUAUCUGCCCCAGUAGGCUCACAGUCAACGAGCAGUGAUGGUAUAUUUUCCACAGUAGAUCCCCAGCCCUCAAGUGACGAUACACCUGCGACCAUGGUUUACUCCUACUCUCCGAGGUUGACCGUAACCCCUUUACAUAUGAUGACUGCUUUCCUUGUCGAUUUCAUAUUCCUUUUGCGAAACGGAGACCCUCUUUCUGUCCUUGUUCGAUCCUCAAUUUAAGCUGUUCCACUGACAUAAUAUCGAACGGGCCGGAAAUUUCUUACGCUCUUUGAUAUCCUUGGUCCGUUUUGGCUUAGCAAAAUUGUAAA